AUGGGCACCAUCUUGAUAGUUCACAUUUUCAUCACGUUGGGGCGGCGAAUGGACGGUGUUGGUGAUGUGAAUGCUCUCAAAAUGCUCCCGGAUAAACUCAAGUCGGAACUGGCCGUCAAUGUGAAUCUGGCCACCUUGAAAAGAGUCACAAUUUUCAAAGAAUGUCGGCCGGAGUUUUUGCAAGACCUAGUAUUGAAAAUGCGUCCGCUUAUUUUCACCCCGGGGGAUUUUGUGUGUCGAAAGGGUGAAAUCGCUCGGGAAAUGUUUAUCAUUGCUGACGGUGUCUUGGAGGUGCUUGGGCGAACCGCUGAUGUUCGAGCCGUGGGUUAUGCAGAUCUGUUUGUACUCUCUCGAGGAGACGUGCUGGAAGCCCUUCAGGAUCAUCCAGAUGCUGAAGUUUUGAUCAAAGAGUACGCUCGAAAACGAUUACAAGCGAAUCGGGAAUUGCAAAAGAAACGUGCACUGAAAAGUCCCAGUCCUCCGUACAAUUUGCUUCCCAUGGUCUCCAAGAGCCGGCAACUCCAGCCUCAAGCACCACUGGAUUUUGAGCUACCCUCGCCAACUUCUACAAGUGACCUAAGCACUCAAACGGAAUCCUCAAGGAUACGUGAACUUGCAAACACCUUCACCGAACGUUGGAAUCAGCUCAUGACUGAGUUCAUUCAGAGUUACGAAGAAGAAGUGCGCAACUUGUCGAAAGAAUCACGUUCUCCAAAGAUUUAA